AUGGCCGCUGUUUAUGUCAACGGCAAUGUCUACACAGUCGACCCCAGCAUUGCCAAGGCUGAGGCUUUCCAUGUAAAGGAAGAUGGCACGUUUGGCAAAGUUGGCUCGACCGCCGAACUGACUCAACUGGCACAUAACACUGGUGCCAAAGUGGUCGAUCUCAAAGGCCAGUUCGUGAUGCCAGGUAUGCACGAUGCGCAUAUCCAUAUCCUUGCAGCAGCAGAAAAACAUCUCUUCAACGCCAAACUCGGUCUGAAUGCCGGACCCGAUGAGAUAGUCAGCAAACUCAAGGACUACAAGUCCUCGUGUCAGCACCUUGAAUCCGUUGGCAACUGGCUCAUUGGCAACUUCUACCACUACGCCAACUUCAAGGACAAGAAGCCCGAUCGCCAGUUCUUGGACGACGCAUUUGGGGACCAGCCCAUCGUCAUUCGAGAGUACACCACGCACGACAUCUUUGCCAACACGGCGGCUCUCAAAGCCGCUGGCUAUGAGGACAACCCUGAAGACCCUUGGGACGGUUGGUUUGUCAGGCGGGAAGAUGGCACCAUCACAGGAGAGCUGGUCGAAGGUGCGGGCGCAAAACUCUUCGCCGCGAUUCCCAAGGGAUCUACAGAUAUGCAUCUGGAAGCGAUGGACUAUGGUAUCAAGAUGCUCAACAGAUUCGGCUUCACAGCUGCGCAAGAAGCGUCGGCAAAUGCCGUCUAUCUUGAAGCAGCCAAGAAACUUGACGAAAUGGGCAAGAUGACCAUCAACCUUGACGCGCACGUCGUGUUUUGGGGGGCGGCUUUCAGUCAAGAACUCCCCGAGACACUCAUCCACAGUAUCAACGGGGCAUACAAAUACCAGACGAAGCAUUUCAACCCGAACUUCGUCAAAUUCUGGCUUGAUGGGGUCCCGUGGGCACCUCAUUUCACUCACUGCCCCCUCGCCGAAGAUGGCAAGCCAGACUACAAGAAAAUUCUGGUCCCGCCCAAGAUCUUCGAGGAAGCCAUUGAGCGCUUCGACAAAGAGGGAAGAACGUGCAAGGUCCACGUGUGUGGACAGGGUUCUGCCCGCUACGCACUGGACACAUUCGAAGAGCUGCGCAAACGCCGACCAAACGGACCCAGGCACGAGCUGGCGCACAACAUGGACGUCCACCCUUCGGAUUUCGACAAGUACAAGAAGCUCACCAUCACGGCUGAAAUGUCGCCCGCCAUCUGGCACGAACCGGAAAUGCAGCCGGAGCAGAAUCCUUUGUCGGUCUACCCAUUCUCGGGCCUCCGCAAGGCGGGCGCGCAUAUCACGAUCGGUAGCGACUGGGUGUUUGCGCCCGAGACGCCAAACAUUUUCCCGGGUCUGCAGGCACUUCAGGAAGGCCGCAAGGGCUGGGAGUUGGAAAGGGACGACCUCUUGCGGAUCAUCACCAUUGACGGAGCCAAAGCCGUCGGCAGAGACAAGACCGAGGGCACCAUCACGCCGGGCAAGUUGGCGAAUUUCAUCAUCCUGGACCGAGAUUUGAGCGAGGCAAAGGAGAUCGGCACUACGAUUGUCCUGAAGACCUUCUUCGAGGGUAAGGAAGUGUACGAUUACGAAAGUGAUGACUUGAAGCACUUCCAGGGUCGGCCGGGUUAG